AUGGGCCAUCGUAUGGCUCCGGCUCGCGACGAUGGCAUCGACCUCGACGAUACCGACGUCUAUCGACUUGGUUCUUCCAGAAGAACGAGGAUCAACGUAAAUCUACGCAGCAAAGAUGGCGUUCCGUCCUGCGUUCAAGGUUCGGCAACGUUGUUGUCGUGACUCGUUAAAACUCAAUGAAUUGAGUGGCUCGGAGACCCAACAGGGACUCUCGCUGCAAGAAGCCGGAAAAGAAGUUAUCGGCCCCAUCCAAACCCAGGGGGCCAGGGGCCGACUGUCAUCGAGAAGUCAAUUGCACGGUCUCAAUUUAAGAAGUCGUCUUCAAGAAUUCAACCCCAUGUCCUACGCUAUCUAA